CCCACUUUUUUUUCCCAUCCUCCCUACUUCUUUUUCCUUACCGUAAAUUGUUCCCUAUCUCUCAUCAAACUCCCCCCACACUUCCCAACACCAAUUUGCCAUUGACUGGUAAAUUAUCUUCCCUGUGCUCAUUACAUACUCACUACUACAACUAUACACUCACACCGUAGUCCCCCGAGUACUUUCUCAACUAGUCACAUUUAUCACAAACUAAUUUAGCGACUCAAUCGAAUUACUGACCUGUUGUCAUUACCGUUAGCGAUAGUUUUUUCUCCCGCAAUAUCACCACCCUGCCCCCCUAAUUUUUUACUGAUCAAUGUCGGAUAUCAAGUCUGCUAAGGAUGCCUUAGUGUCAUCGUUGUUUGAAUUGUCCAAGGCCGCCCAGGAUGCUGCGGCCGCUACCGUCAAUUUCUAUAAAGUCACUCAAGAAGGUGCCUCUUCUACUUCGUCGUUAUCGACUUUGAGUGACACCGUUAAGGCAGUAGCCACUGCCGUUAAGGAGUCAUCUACCACUGCUAAAGCUGUAGCAGCCAAUGGAUCUGCUUCAACUAAGUCUUCGUCUAAGGCUGCCACCACUACUCCUGUUGCUGCUGCCACUACCUCAAAAACAACAACCACAACGACUCCUGCCACUACUACUGCCAAGCCGAGCGCUACCAUAUCAGCCACUAAAGAUACUAAGGAUACUAAAGAUACUACGACUACACCAGUCAAAGAAGAAGAACCCAAACCCAAAAAGAAGAAAGUCGAAAGAGAUCCAAACGCCCCUAAGAAGCCACUCACCAUCUACUUUGCGUAUUUGUUCCAUACGCGUGAGCUUAUUAAGGACGAAAGGGAAAAGGCCGGCUUGGGCACGUUAACUGUUAGUGAUAUGAAUGCUCUCAUUAAGGAGAAGUGGGAUAACAUCAGUGCGGAAGAAAAGGCCCAAUGGCAGAGGAAGUAUGCCACUGAAUUGAAGGAGUAUCAAGUAGAAAAGGAAAAGUACAAGGCCACGUUAGCAGCUGGAGGAUUCGCCGAUAAGGAAAAGGAAAAGGAAAAGAAUGAGGCAGCCCCAGCACAAGCACCAGCACAAGCACAGCCACAAACAACUCUUCCACCAGUGGCUGCUACCGAAGAGGCUCCUAAGAAGAAGGAGAAGAAACGUAAGUCUGAAAAGUCAGACAAGCCAAAGGAGAAGAAACUCAAGAAGGUUUAACCGCAACAGUUAAACCAACACCUACGCCAACAGCCAGGGCUGUUCUACUGCUAUUACAUAUUUCGAUUCUCACUUGUUUUACUGUUACUGCUGCUAU